AUGAGUAAAGUAGAGAAUAAAAAUAAUCGACAAGUACUGGUCAGGACACCAGAAGAUAUUAAAGAAAACUUUACUUAUUUGGAUAUAAUCACUAGGGUUGAUAACUUUCCUGUUGAUUAUUUUAAAUAUACUUCCUUUAAUAAACAUGUUUAUCAGUUAAAAGCACAUGAUGAUACUUUUGAAAUGGGGUUUGUUUUACACUUUGUGAUCGAACUAAUGCAAAAAGAAUGCAGUACAUUGUUUCAUCAAACUUUCGAAUUGAAUGAUUCAUCAAGAGUCAUUAAAUUUAAAAGCCCAAGUUUUUCUGAAAGAAACAAAUUGAUAAUGGAAAUUGGUAUGGAAUUAAGACGUAAAGACUCAUUGAAUUGUUUAAGGGGAUGGAGAAAUGAGUUAUAUGUCGUUUAUGAUACCAAAAAAAGUCCUUAUUUGUUAAUCGAACGGGCCUUAUCAGGUGUGUUCGGAGUUGUUACCUAUGGAAUUCAUUGUAAUGGCUAUCUGCGUGAUCCUGAGGCGGGUAUAAAGUUUUGGAUACCUAGAAGGUCAGCUAGUAAAGCAACUUGGCCCUUGAUGUAUGAUAAUAUUGUAGCUGGGGGAUUAGGUUAUCCUUUUGGUAUCAUGGAAACUUUGUAUAAAGAAUGUGGCGAGGAGGCUAGCUUUUCAAAAGAGAUUGUACAAAGUUAUAGUAAAUCAGUUGGGGUUGUGUCAUAUUUUGAUUAUGGCCAAAAUAUAUUAAAAGAUAAAUAUGAUUCAGAGGCAUCUUUUAUCACAGGUGAAUUUGAGUAUCUUUUUGAUAUGGAAUUGCCGGCUUCUGUAAUACCUAAACCUAAUGAUGAAGAGGUUGAUAGCUUUGGAUUAUACACUUUGCAAGAGACCAUUGAUUUAUUGAAAACCGGAAACUUUAAACCAAAUUGUGCUUUGAUAACGGUUGAAUUUCUAAUAAGACAUGGUUAUAUUACUCCCGAAAACGAACCAAACUAUGCAAAAAUUGUUAACAAGAUCCAUAGAACCUUACCAUUUCCAACUAAUUAA